AUGCCUGGAGGCAAUAGCCUUACAAGUAACAAAUCUGUGAAAAGUGGAAAAUGUGGAAACACUGUUCAGACUUUACUAGCUGCCAAAUUAGAUAAAGUUGACAAAGAAAAAACUGAAAAACCUAAUAAACAACCAAAAAGGACUCACUCUGAAGUGUCAAAUGAAUCAAAUACAAGUGUUGAUCUGACUGGUAUAAUUAGUAUACAAAGGGACAUAGAAGAAAUUAAACAAAACCUGGAGGGUGGAUUAAAAAAGAUAGACCUUGAAAAUGCAACAAAAGACCUUGUUAAGUCAAGUGAUCUGGAAGUCAUUGUAACUACUAUAGUGAAGAAUUUAUUUAAAGAAUUUACUUCAUCCAUAGAGACAAAAAUUGAUAAAAAAGUAUCAGAAGUAAUAGAGGAAAUGCAAGAGAAAAUAGAUGCAUUAUCAAUAGAAAAUGAGAACUUGAGGGAGAAAGCGGAGGUAGCUAUGAAAAGCCUAUCUGCAACAAAGAAAGAACUACACCAAAAUGAACAACUGACAAGAGAAGCUAUUACCAGCAGCAACUACAAUGAACAAUAUUCUCGCAAAAACAACAUAAGAGUUAUAAACUUUCCAUGGCGAGAGCGACAAGAUCUGCGUGCGGACUUUAUUAGUAAAGUGAAAAGGGACAUGAAUGUUGAACUUGAGGAAAGAGAUGUUGUCGCCAUCCAUAGAAUUCCAUCUGACAAAUUAGGACCAAAACCUCUUAUUGUGAGACUAUUCAGUAGUGAUGUCAAACGAAGAGUGAUGCGAGAAAAGAAGAAUUUACAAGACCAUGUAAGAUUUUAUGAUGACAUUUCCAAAAGGAACAUUGAACUGAUGAAAAGACUAAAUGAGACUGAAUGGUUCAGCGACGUAUGGUACUUCAACUGUGGUGUAUAUGGAAGGAUAUCCGAUGGUCUACAGGUGUCAGACCACCAAUUAUAA